AUGAAAUCUCCAGUUGGUCCCUCAUAUUAUAGUGACGUGGGGCCUACGUUGGGUAUGAUCGUUGGCCCAGUUGCAAAAAAGGGUGAUAAUUCUAACUGUUGGCCAACCAAUACUUGUAGUAUUCGUUGGCCAACAGUUAGAAUUGUCACUCUCCAAGGCAAAGGCUUGGUCAAGUCACAUCAAAGGCCCCUCAAAAUGCCAACAAUAAUUGCUACUAGGGAUGUGUCGAUCAAAUAUGAAACUGAAAUGUAUCCAAUCGGCAGUAAAGAACUUCCAUACUUCACGCAAUGGGUUAAGGAUGUUCUGAACGUGGAUGUGACUAAGAGAAAUACUCCUCAACCGAUACCGACAAAUCUACCAGAACCAGUUAUAUCGUCUGAGCUCUUAGAAGCGAUUGAGGAAUCACAAGUCGAAUAUUCAACAAAAGAUAUCGAUCGGCUGGUCAGAGCACACGGGCACACGUUACGAGAAAUUUAUUGUUUGAAAUACGGAUCGUUCGUGCGGAUACCGGACAUAGUUCUCUGGCCGAAGUGCCACGAGGAUGUCGUUAAAAUAAUCAAACUAUGUGCUCGGUAUGGAUCAGUUUGUCUACCGUUCGGCGGCGGAACAAGUGUUAGCGGUGCAUCGUCCUGUCCAACGAAUGAACGACGAACAAUAAUAUUGCUGGACACGUCGCAAAUGAAUCGAAUAUUGUGGAUAGAUAGGGAAAGUUUAAUCGCCUGCUGCGAGUCUGGUAUCAUUGGUCAGGACCUUGAAAAACAACUACGGCUUCAAGGUCUGACUUCCGGUCAUGAACCAGAUUCUUAUGAAUUUUCUAGUUUAGGUGGGUGGGUUGCGACGAGGGCGAGCGGUAUGAAGAAGAACCGCUAUGGAAACAUCGAGGACUUAGUUGUACGAGUAAGAAUGGUUACUGGUAGAACAGAAGAUCCUGAAAUAACGUUGGAAAGGGGUAUAUUGGUACCCCGAGCUUCAUGUGGACCUGACUUUGACCACAUGAUCCUUGGCAGUGAAGGGACUUUGGGUGUCGUCACUGAAGUAAUAUUGAAAAUUAGGCCAUUACCAAAAGUAGUUAAAUAUGGUAGUGUAGUUUUCCCAAGUUUUGAAAACGGUGUAGCAGCGAUGCGUCAGGUAGCCAAAGAACGAUGUCAACCUGCUAGUAUACGCUUAAUGGACAAUGAACAAUUUCAAUUUGGACAAGUCUUACGACCAGAGAGCAGUUGGGGUAGUUCGAUUUUACAAGGAUUGAAGCAUGCAUAUAUUACAAGGAUAAAGGGAUUCAAAUGGGACCAGUUAUGCGUCGCUACUCUAUUGUUCGAAGGCAGCACGGCCGCUGAUGUGGCGAUGCAAGAACAAAAAAUUUAUAAUAUCGCAAAACAACAUAACGGUGUACCGGCAGGGGAGACGAACGGUGAACGUGGUUACGUCCUAACCUUUGUUAUAGCGUAUAUUCGGGACCUUGGUUUGGAUUAUAAUAUUUUGGCUGAAUCAUUUGAAACCUCAGUCUCCUGGAACCGUGCUCUAUCGCUGUGUAGAAAUGUAAAAUCCCGCGUGGCCAGAGAGUGUUAUAAGCAUAAAAUCGACCAUUAUUUCAUCUCUUGUCGUGUCACACAAAUUUACGAUGCCGGUUGUUGUAUAUACUUUUAUAUGGCACUUAAUUACAUCAAUCUCUCGGACCCCGUUGAAACGUACGAAACCAUCGAACAUGCCGCGCGCCAGGAAAUUCUUGCCAGUGGUGGUUCUCUGUCCCAUCAUCACGGUGUGGGUAAAUUACGUUCCUGCUUUUACUCGGACGCUGUAGGCGAAGUGGGAGUAUCUCUGUAUCGGGCAGCCAAAGCGCACCUGGAUCCCCAUAACAUAUUCGCAGCUGGUAACUUGGAUCCGAAAAGUAUAUCGAAACUGUGAAUUGUAAACGAACGAAAUGCAUUGUGAUAAUUUGGAACUUACUACGCUCUGCAAAUCAUUUUUAACUCGGGAUGAUCAUGAUUCUUCUUAAGAGGAAUUCGGUAAUUAGUGAAGACAAUCGGUAUUACGGUUUACCGACACAUCACGAUGGUAUAUAAAUGGUGGUAAAGAAAGAGACUAGUAUUAUAAUAUAUAAAUAAAUCUGCACCCUGGUGUCAUUUGGUACAAACACGGGAUUGUAAUUGUAUCGACAUUUUUAUAAGUUAUUAUAAAUAAACAAGACUCGCU